AUGUUUUUCCAAGCUCUGAAAAUUUUGUUUGCUGUUUUUAUUUUCACCAUAAUGGCUAUAGUCCUGGGAGUUAUAACCAAAGAGUUGAUUCAGUACUUUGAGAACAGUCCCUAUGCAGCAAAAAACGCUGUGAAGUUUCUGCUCUACUUGGUUGCCUUCUUUCACUUGCCUCUAUUUUUGAAGCUUCCUUUCAAAUUUAUCAUUCUCAACUUACUAGGACAGAUUCUUUACAUUAGCUUAUUUGGAGAGUAUCCAAAUAUUAGUACUAAGGACGCUAGAUUCGUUGCCGGUACUAUGGUUACAAUCUACAAUCAUUUCUAUUUUACCUCACUUGGCACAACAAAAUCUACAUAUGGUGCCAAGUAUAUUGCUGGAUACGUAGUUAUUUGGAUGGCUCCAAUGAUUUUGUACCUGGCACUUUCUGCCAAUCAAAAUAUUGUUCUGAUUGGACAUACAAGAAGGCGCUCUCCAAGACCAACAAGAAUGGUUGUUGGGCCAUUACAGUUUAAAAGAACCAAGAGUCCCAGGAGAGCUUCGUAA